ACGGCCACGGGUGAUUCUACAAAACAUACCGUAUAUUUAUCAGUUGGUCAAAAGUCGAAAAUUCAAACGAAACAACUAGUCAAUAAGUUCAUACUUACCUUUACAUCAAAAGAAUUAUCAAUCGAGAAUAAUUCGCAAACAAAAAUAGCAUUUCGGACAAAUUUCUAUGCUCGACAUUCGUCCCAUCGACGCAAUAAUACUUCUGCGACUUUGUGGUAUACCCAUGAAUAA